AUGGUUAAAACUACUACAACAACAAAUAGAGAUCAUGAUAAUAUUAAUGAUGAUGGUGAUGAUGAUAUCAUUCAAGAUGGAGAUAAAAAUAAUAUUAAACUAUUAUCAUCAUUUAAAAGAACAUUUGAAAGAUUGACAGAACAUCAAAUCAAAGAUUGUCAUUUAUUCCUUGAUAGUUGCUUUUAUCAUUCUAUCAAUACUACUAUUGGUUUGAAUAAUAUCAUUCUUAAAUCAAAAUCUUGUAAUCUAUUACAAACUACUUUAAAUCAUUCAUCUUUAAAUAAGUUAAUAUUAACAUUUAAUAAAGAUGAAGAAUGGAAAGUUGUAUUCUUUAUUAGUGGAUAUAUAUGGGAUUAUGCAGAGUCUAUUAAAUUGAUAUUGGAACGAUAUGAUUGGUGCAAGAGUUUGAUCUUUUGUAGUAUGAGUGAAAUUGCUCAUGUAACUCAUCCACAACCACCUAUUACUCUAUCUAGAGUGCUACAACAAUCACCUUCAAUCUAUGAUCAUUUCAAUACACAGUUUCAUUCUUUGUUGACCGAUGUCAACCCUGAUGCACUGUCAUCGAUCAAUUAUUUUACAUGCAAUUUCAGUGUACCUUUGAAUGGUGCCAAUCUCUUUACUAUACCUCUACAACAUGGUUUCUUACCACCACUUUAUUUUAAUGAUUAUUUACUUCAACAACAACAACAACAGACACAACAACAAUACUCUCAACAAUCUCAACAACAACAACAAUACUCACAACAACAACAAGAACAACAGAUAAUAUCAAAAAUCAAAUUAAACAAAUUACCAUUUGACAUGCAAGAAGAUGUUCAUAAAACCAUUCAUUCUCUAUUGUCAUUUGUGUCUGAUCAAAAGUUGGGAUCGGUUACUGGUGAAGAUCUAAGUGUCUAUCCAUUAGGUCAAUUCUCUCAAUUUAUAGCUUCUGAAAUUCAUUCAACUCUUACUACUGCCAACAAAGUUCAAACUGAAGAUUAUCAUCCAAUUUCUUUGGUUCUAGUUGAUAGAUAUUUAGAUUUGGUAGGACCUUGUUCACAUUCUGAAAAUGCUUUGGAUAGAAUAUUUAAUACCAUCUCGACUACUAGUAAAUCAUCAUCAUCACCAUCAAUCAAUAUAGCACCAGUUUUUGUAAACAAUCAAAAUGGUCAAUUCAAUGGUAUGGUCAAUGGUGACAUGAAUGGAAAGGAGAAUGGAUUUUGGAGUAGUUUACAAUCAAAAACUCUUAGAGAGGCAGUUACUAUUCUAAAGAGAAAGGUUGUAGAUAUUAUUGCACAAGAGAAUAUAAAUUUAGAUGUAUCUACUCUUACCUCUUCCUCAAAUGCAAUGAGUGUACAGUCACUCCAAACAAUGUUAUCAGUUAUCUCUGCUACACCAAGACUAUCACUUAGAUAUUCUGAUACAAUCCAAGCAAUCUGCUCAAUCAUUCAAACAUUACAAUGUAGUCAACAUUUACAUUGGGAUAAUUUAUUAUCAAUUGAAAGAAUUUUAUUAUUAAGUGCUGGAAGUUAUGAUGACAAUCAAGAUGAUGAAGAUGAUGAAGAGGAUGAAGAUCAAGAACAAAGUUUAUUAUCUCAAAUCAUCGAUUUUAUUAAUUCUCCAGUUUCUAGUUUGGAUAAAAGUUAUUAUUCAAUAUCAGAAAUAUUGAAUCUUUGUAUAUUUGCAUUCUCAUUGAUUGGAGAUAAAUCAUUCUCUGAGGAGGAUAUUGAUAGUUUGGUAGACUCUUUAUCCGAGAGAAUAGAAGCAUCAAAAAAAGAAAUAGAAAUAGAUGGUGACAAUAAUAAUGAAAUAUUAAAAUUAUUAUUGGAUGACAUUAAAGAAAAAGAAUCACUUUCUAAAAAAUCACAAGUUGAUUCUGAUGAUGAUGAUGAAAAUGAAUCAGAUUCAGACUCUUCAGAUUCUUCAGAAACCAACAACAACAACAACGAUGCAACAAGAAACAAAGUAAAUGAAAUAUUAAAUGUACUUUUACAAUUAGGAUCAAGUAGAAAAACAUUAAAAGAAUUUAAGAAUCUUGUUAGUGGAGGAAUGACAGGAAGUACAUAUCAACCACUUUUAGUCAAUUUAUGCAAAGCUAUAAUUGGACAACAAGGCACAGGUGAAAACAAGGAUUUAGAAAGAUUCAAUGAAGAAUCUUCCAAACUUGGAUCAUUGUUUGGAGGAUGGACAAGAAGAACCAAGAAAAUACACAAAGUAUCGGAUAAUAGAAAGAUUAUUGUCUAUGUCAUGGGUGGUAUUACACUACAAGAAUUAAAAGAUUGUCAAGAUGUCAUUGACAAAUCAACCAAACAAUCUACAUCACCAUUUUACAACCAUCAAAUUAUCUUUGGUUCAAGUCAUAUUUCAACAUCAAACAAUAUUUUACAAUCCUAUUUAUUAGAUUCUAUAAAAUAA